AUGAAGGAUCUUCAACAGAGGGAUCUCAUGAACAAUAAUGACAUCACCAGGACUGAACAGAAUAAAGGCCAGGCUGAAUACAUUAGGUGGAUGGGGAUGCAGGAUGAAAUUCUCAGGCAGAAAGCUAGAGUGAACUGGUUCGAAGAAGGUGAUGCUAACACUAAGUACUUUAAUAGAACUAUCAAGGAUGGAAGGAGAAGGCUCCAAAUUCAAAAAAUUAAAGACCAUAGAGGAAACUGGAUUGAGGGUGAUUCUAACAUUGGCAACGCAACUGUCCUGCAUUUUCAACAAUUCUUUAACAUCAAUCACCACUGCAAUGAUCCAAAUAUCAUCAAUUUUGGUCCGGAUGGGUAUAAUGGGAUAUUCUUCCAAACCUGCUGGGAAAUCACUAAGGAGGAUAUUACUGAUUUUGUUCAAGCAGUCUUCAAUGGGAAGCUUAUCUCAGAAAAUCAGAGUGGCUUUGUGAAAGGAAGAUUGAUCACUGAAAACAUUUUGCUAGCACGGGAGAUUGCUCAAGGUGUGAACAAGAAGUACAGAGGAGGUAAUGUUAUAAUAAAACUCGACAUGGCAAAAGCAUAUGAUAGGAUUUCUUGGACCUUUCUGAUGGCAGUUAUGAGAAAACUUGGCUUCUCUGAAAACUGGAUUGACAUUAUUUGGGGGCUCCUACAAGGUAUCUGGUACUCUAUCAUUAUCAAUGGGGAUAGAACUGGUUUUUUCACAUCUACUCAGGGCCUCAAACAAGGAGAUCCUUUAUCCCCUUCAUUGUUAUUAUUGGAGCUGAGGUUCUCUCUAGAUCUCUCAAUUAGCUGA